AAUGAACAAACUUCCUGUCAAAGCGAGUAAACGCUCGCGUACAUUUUCUCUUUUUCUUCAGAAGAAGGGCACUAAAAGUUGUCUAGAUACAAGAAACAGAUGAGGAAAUUAAGUUAAAUCUUCCUUUUAUUUGAAAUGCAGUGCCCCUUUUGCCAUGAAGAAGUUGGUGGUGAAGAUGAUUUGCAGAUACAUUGUUUAGUCUGCACGUCGGCCUAUGCAGGUAGUGUAAAGCUUAUUUGCUUGUAUUUGUGAAAAAAACGUGGAUUUUGUUGAUAGGGAUCGCUGGGAAAGAUGCAGCAAUAAAUUAUUGAAAGUUACUUGAAUGAAAGCAAAUUAUUUUCGCGUUAUUGAGUCGAGCUUGUGUAUGUUUUUUUCACAGAACCAAGUACGCCUAGGGCUCCCAGAGUAGAUAGCGUAAUUGUUCGCUUUCGUUGGGUUAAGUCAAGACCAUGCUUUGCGAGAGAGGUCCAUCUCAUCAGCUCUUUGGUGAGUCUAUUUACGAUUAACAUACACAGAUAAGUACUAUAGGGGGUAUUAAUCCAUCGAACAUGCCGUUUCAGUCUUUGGCCUUUUUCUUUGCAACGGUUGUUAAGGUUUGUUAAUCCGACAGGAAAGGUAUCCGGAAGUUGAACACGAAAUUGAUUUGUUUACCUUUCGGUUUCGUAUUUCGCUUGUUGUAAAGUAACCAGUGCUAUUAUGAACGUCUCUUUUUGAACGUCAUCGAAAAAGUUAUGGUUUAAAGGCUUUAAUGUGUAAAAACAACUGGUACUGUUGUCAUUUUUCUGCACUCAGCUGGUCGGAAUGAGCUGGUGUAAUCUUUGCUUUGUUUCGACACUUCUUCGCAAAGCUGUAUUGAUAAUUCUUUAUUUCUCUCUUUCCAAUGUUUACUGUGGCCAAGUUAGGGAAAUUGCAUCGCUUAAAGAUGUUAUACGGGAAACAUCUAAACAGUUACUGUAUGUUUAACCUAACAGGGAAGUCCUUCAUUAAAUUUUAAUACACUUUAAUUUACUCAUGUUUUAAUAUGGAUUUCGUCUUAAAAUGAUAGUUGUUUCAAACUGCAUUUUCUACCUGUUCGCUCAACCAAUGCUUUGCCUUAUUGGAGAAAAGAGAAGUUCCAACGCAAAUACUUUGGUGAAUUAUUAUUAAAAAAUAAAUAAUAUGAAUUUGAUCUACAAAGGUUUUAUAUAUAUUGAGAGCCUGAGGUUACAUGAUAUAAAACAGAUUUUAAUUUUUUUCGGUUGCUGUUAAUUAGCCAUUUCCAAGUUUCUACAAGCCUCUGUUUUGAAAUGGCAGUAAGUGGAAAGCCUUUGAGUGAAAAUGAUUUCUAUUUUUAUUAAAAUCACUACAGUGUUGGCCUUGCUUUGAAAGUGACCGUUUUUUGGAACAAACAAGCAACAGCAAUUUCCAAUUUGCAAAUUAAAUAUCGUGCAAGAAGUAGAUUUGAAUUUUCAUUUCAAACCUUGUGAUCAAUAACUAAGUGACUUUCUCAAGACAAGUAAUUUAAAGCUAGCCAGCUAUCAUUCACAUAUCAUGAUGAAUUUAAUAUCUUUUGUCAGUUAUGUGAAAUUGUUCUCCUCUUUGUCACAAUGGUUGUUUCAUUGUCACUGUGGACAUCAGGGUUGUAGCUAGAAAAAAUUCUUAUCGAAGCAAUAUCAAAAUAAAAGUUUCUAUCUCUAGCCUUCUUAGAAAUAUGUUUUUUCAUAAUCACGCUCACAAGAAACUUAAGAAUUUAACUAUGACAAAUGCUUUGGUUACCUCUAUGCUAUGAGUAUCUGUGGCUGUGUGUUAAUUAUAAACAAAAGGCAGUUGCAUUUCCUCAAAAUCCUGCAUGCAUUAACAUGGAGGCAUGGAUGUAAGCUGUCAAUAUUGCCUUGAACAUUGGAUCCAAAGGUCUGGGUUUGUGUUCCAGCCUUAGAGAAGAAACUUUGUUUGUCUUUGUCUCUGUUCGCUCAGGUGUAUAAUUGAGUACCAGCGACAUGAUUCUGGUAGGUAACCCUGCAAUAGACUGGCAUCCCUUCCUGUGGGGCAGUGGAAAGAUUUCCUCUCACUUCAUUCUACAGAAACUAGCAUGAGCUCUAGCUGGAGGCCUGAUGAUGGGCCACUUGGCUCGAAUCAGUAGAGAUUUUACUUUUUACCUAAUGUGCAUAGGCACUGAAUAAAAAGGUCAUGUUUUUUUCUAGGCUGGGUCCGUAAUACUUCAUUGGAAGGAAGAUGAAGGCCUGUACGAGUCUGACACUACUGGUGUUCCUGUUGGUCAGCAUAUUUGUCAACUGGCUGUGGGUGGUGAUGUUAUACCAACUGAAACAUUUGAAGUCAAUGAAGAAAGUGAUGUUAUAUUUGUAAUCAUUGAAGAAGGUACAAUUUUAGAUGUUGGUUUGUAAACAUGCCAAGUCAACAAUUCAAUUGUUUUAAUGAGAAUACUAUUUAUAGUGAAUCACGGGACACCCAAUGACUGUUGAAAAUAGAAAUAUAAUACUGAAGUCGUUGUAAUUUGGAAAAGACUCACAAGGUUUUUGCUAAGGUUUUAAGUAGGUGGCAAAAGCUUUGGAGUACAUGUGGUAGAGAAGGAAAAAACUUGCACCAAAGGUGCAACUUGCAAGCACCAAUUAAGGGAUGAGUUUCUAGGGGGAUCUAGGAACAUGACCCCCAAUAGAAGUCACUAGCCCAAUAGCAAAACAUUAUUAGCCCCAGGCUAUCAAACUCCACUCUCUUUGCACCCUGGGAUAUAUUUCACAAGUAUUAGCAUGCAUAAUCCAUAUGGGACAUUUUGUAAAAGUGAUGAAGAAACCUGUUUCUGGUGAUUGUAAAUGAGGCUAAAAUAUGAACUUUAAACAUGUUGUCAGUGUUAUUGCCAAUAUGCUUGAAUGGGAGGGUAGGGGUCCAGGUUCUUGACUGCUGCAUUAUGUAUGAAAAGAAAGUUAGUCUGCACAAGUACACUGCAGCCUGUUAACACAAUAAUUUUGCGUAACACUUUUCUGGCCCCUCUAUUAUUUUUUACAAAAUACAUAAGGAUUUUUUGAAACAUAAGAAUUGUGUUCUAAACAUAUGAGCCAUGAGUGCUUUUCACUUCCGACGGAUAAGUGCUAAAAAGGAAGUAACAGGGGAGCAAUAAUUUCUUCAGUGGCGAGAAGGUCACCAUGGCAAGCUAACCAUAGCUCACCUGAAGGCAUUGCUUCAUGAUUUGAUACUUGUAACUCAUUGCAUGCAAAGUGCAUAAAGCCUUGUAUUAUGUAAAAACUGAUUUACCUUUUAUUCAUAUAGUUAUGUUAUUAAAAGAAAUUUAUCUAGGCUGCAAAAGUGUCACGUCUAGUUGUACAAACCAGUUGUAAUUACUUCUUGUUUAAAGGAAAUUUUAGAGAAACAACAACAUUUGAAGAUUCUGACAGAAGAGCAAGAGUAAGAACAAGUGGUGGUUUAGGAUCUGAUGAGGAAUCAGAGACAGUGGAAACACAUGACAGACAACGGCCUCCUCUUGGUAAAUUAAUGACAAUGAUACAUUGAUUCAAUAGUGUAUGUUGUUAACAAGAUUAAGUUUUGAAUUAUUUGUCUAAGUGUACUCACCCUCUCUCUAUGAUACAUGACACAAUUUUUAUUUUUAGAAAGGACAUAUCUGACCAGGUUGAAGCCAUCAUUGUCACAUUAUUUAACAUGGUGACUUUUGAUUUGUUUUUAAGCACUUUGCAAAUCUUAAGGUAAUUCCCUUUUUUUCAAACUUGGUACAAUUGUCAGCCAUAUAUUGGACAUUCAAAAACUGCAAUAAAAAGAUCGAGUCAGUACUGUGCUUGUUUUCGCCCUGUGUGCAGCCCAUUAUUCUGAGUCAUGUUUAUUCCUAGUUGAGCACGAAAUAUUUGAAACGUGAAUAACCAUCAAAAAUUGUUAUCAUAUAGCAAAAAAUCUGAAUCUUACUGAAACCUAAAACCUGUUUGUUUGUCUGGGCUAUAGUUUUUGAGUAAAAUGAUUUUAAAUUAUCCGAUCCUGAAAAAAUAGAGAGAAAUGGACAGUUUUGAUAUUAUCUCAUACUUCUCUGUGUAUCUAAAUGCCUUGUUUCGCGUCAUUCAUAUCUAAAAAUUUACAGCUUGUAUAAUUAUACUUCUCAUUUUUUUUCUCUUUAAGAAAUAUUUUUUGUGUGGCCCAAAAGAGAAAAAAAAACAGAUAAAAAAUGGGGGUCACCAUUCUCAUUUCCUCACAAAAAAAGGGACAAUUUCAGUUUCAAAUGAUCAUUUUUCACGAGGGAACUGGGACGGGUUUCAAGAAAAACACCUUAUUAGCCCUGUGGAGUUACCAAAAUCGCUAUUAAAACCAUUUUGACUACAAAAGGGGCCUUUUUACUUCUUUUAAUGUGACUGGUGAAAAUCAUCGACACCUUUCAAGUUGCAAUGUUCUGCGCAGCAGGUGAUGUACAGUGCGGAACAAGGGAAUUACCUUAAGCUACAAAAUGAUGUUCUCUUUAGUAUUUGAUCAUGUCUGACCACAGGCUGGAUUUUUACAAACACCAUUUGUUUAGCAGGCACUGUUUGUCCAUCUUAAAGUUUUUUAAGGAAGAAGAACAGGGACUAGCUCUAAGUACUGUUUUAGGGAUGUGUUUGUCGUAUAUAGUUCUCAGCUAUUAAGACAGAGCUUGCAUCUUUGGAGUACUUGUCACCACUGCAAAUUCAACGAUUUAAGUAAUGGUCUGGAUAAGGCGGAUAGCAAUUUCUUUUGUAAUGCGGCAACGGUGCUUUCCCCACAUAGGAAUGUUCUCAUUUUUACACAGAGAAAUGCAUAAACCUACAUGAAGGCCGUUUACGCAAUAAAAUGCAUUUACACUCCACUUUGAAAGGGUGUUUUUUUGUGUUAAAAGAUUUUGACCAAUCACAAGAGUUGAAAACAAUAGCCAAGAAAAGUUUACAAUUUUACAUGUUCCCCACAUAGGAUUUCUUUGUUAUUCAAACUGAGACCAGAUUUUGUUAUAUGGAAGAUGGUUGGAAAGUAAGGAUGAAUAUAUGUACCGCUUUAUGAAGUUUUGUUAACUUUUGCUGUUUAAGCCAAUCAGAAGUAAGUACAGACAAUGGAAAAGUCAGCACCUUUUUUGCAUUCCUACAUGUUUGUUGCCGUUGUUGCUAUCAUUCUUAUGUAGACCGUUUCUUAAUAAUGUAUCAAUUUUACUACUAGCAAAAAAGAUAUUUUUAUAAGUACUGUAUGACUUCUAUUUUUAUUAACAUAAUAUACAUACAUAUUAAGUUCAUUUUUUACCUAAGUAUUGUUUCAUGGAAAGGUUGUCAGUUUUAACCGUUGCUAUCAUUUUAUAUAUAGACAUAGAAUCUAGAGAGAGAGACAGUGAAGCUUCUAAUGGAAUGAGCCCAUUGUACAGGGAGUUACUUCGGCAUCAGGUGUGUAUAUUAAUGUUGUAGGUAAAAUCUGGUUUUAGGUUAAACAUGUUUUCAACCUAGGUUGAAUUGAGCCAUCUUUCACUUUGGUAAAAUGUGCAUUAAACCUAGGUUCAACUGUCUGAAAAGGGAUUUUUUAUGGGGUGUGGUUAAAAAAUAAUGGCAUGUUUUUUGGGGGGAGGACGUUGAAAAAAUAAAAGAAAAAACAAAAAGCAUGUUCUUUUUCUCUCGAUUUUUCUACUCCAUUUUCCCACUAGUCCUCCUGUCCUCUUAAUCCCCUUACCUUUUACACCAUUCCUCUUUUAUGACCCUUUUACACACUCAACAAAUCACACUGAAAUAAACAACUCUAUUUGUACUCACCCACGUUUCAACUCACAAUGUCUAGGUUGUCCGCAUUUACCACUACACCACACGGAACAACAAUACUCAUCUGCCCAUAUGUCUCUGUAUUAUUAUUAACAUUUGGUCCCAGAUUCACUCGGCCAAAAUAUUAAAGGGUACCAGGCCCCCUCAACCAUUAUUUUCUAUUUACUCAUGCAUUGUGUUUGCAAACAUGCACAUGGACUUCAAAAUAUGGUGACUCAAAGUACCAAUUCAGAAACCUUUUAGAAAAAGCUAGAAGAAUUGAAAUCUACCUCUAAAAACAAAUCAAGCUUCUUGGAUGUCUACAUUAAUGACUCCUUUUAUGAGAAAGCAUAUCAGUGGCUCAAACCAAACCUGCAAGGCAAAAGCUCCAUCAUUAUCAGCCGAACAGACAAGCGUGGGAUAAUUGAGAAACUAUGGAGAGUGACUACCGAUGAUGGGAAAAUACUAGACAAACAAAACAGAUAAUGUGGUUCCGAGAGCUAUUCACAAUCCUGGCCAGUUCGCAUUCUGCCAUAGUGCAUUGAGGAUGAGACAAGACAGAGGAAUAUGUGAAAAAGCGCUUUUCAGGUAUAACACAGAAGGUCAUUUUAAAACAUGUUCAUAUCAAUGUGCAGCCUACACCAACAACAAAGAAGUGUUACAUCACCACCAAAAGAAACCGAUUAACCAUCCAAUUCAGGCAAAUAUUUCAUAAACCCUGUUGAAAUAGCCUUAAUAGAUUUCAGAAGCUUGGCAUGUCAAUGUAAAGAGAAAACACACACAUGGCUUCUUCAUGUAUUUGACCACUUUUCAAAGUGUUUGUGGAUGAUAUUCUCUCAUAGGCAAACAAAGUCCUCAAGUGACUGCUGAAUUAGAGAAACUGUUUUACAUGUUUGGCUUGGACCCUAAAAAGCUACGUUCAGACAAUGGGGGUGAAUUCCAAAACAAAAACAUGGAGAAUCUUUGUCAAACCCACAAAAUAAAAUUUGUACAUAGUGCACCCAGAAACCAUCUGCUCAAGGUCAAGUAGAAUGAAAUGACACACAGAAGACUUUACUGUGGAACAUGAAAGUACAGGAGCUGACCAGCUGCAGGAAAUAGAUACAACUGUAGAGUGAAACAGCAAAGAAGCACCAUGGUCUGGCAAAAGAAAACAAAUAACACAGUCGCGCGGUUGUAGAUAUAUAGUCAGACCAAAUAUUAUAACAAGAAGAUGAAAGUUAUGAUGUGACAAUAAAAAUAAGUAAGUUGAUAAAACGACACCACUCCACUGUAGCCCAAUGUAAUUCUAGGAAAAAGUAUUGGCAUGGAGAGCAAUUACGCAAAAGUAGAGACAAAGUUUGGAAUUAUUUCGGCAUACAUUUCCACAAACAGAUUUAACAAAUGUACUAGAAAAAAAUACUGUCUGACUUAUACAAGGGAGGUAACAUUUUCAACUGUAUCUUUAAAGAAAGCAGUUGAUCAUAUAAAUUAAACUGCAAAUUGUACUAUACAUUCAAGCAUAUUUGUGAUAAGAAUUUUGCGCAACCCCCCAAAAAUGCACUUGAGAGCAGGAACAGUGCUUCUUUUAUUGAACUUUAAACAGUAACCAAGCUUCACCAUAACUCUAACCCUUACACAAAGCUAACCCUAACCCUAACAAUAACUUAACCCUAACCUUAAGCUUAACACAAAACAUACAAAAAUUACAAAUUUAGCCUAGAUUGAAUGUUGUAUAUAAUAUAAGUUUAACCUUAGAUGAAAUACUGAUUGCACAUUUAACCUAGGUUGAAUACUGGUUUAACCUGGGAACAGAUUUUACCUGCAACAUAUACACUGUAAUGGCACUUGAACAAAACAUAUCUAUUACUGAACUGGAAGAAAAAACUUUUGGUUGACUCCUUGCAGAUAUGUAUUAUUGGAAGCACAGCGAAAACUAUCUCAAACAAUAACAGUUAAUCUUUAAUCUUUUACAGGGCCGUAGAGCAGCCUGUGGUUUUAAUUAAAUAUAUAUAGUUCUGAAUAAUUGACACUGAUCUGCCCAGGAACUUCUGCAGUAAUUGAAGGAACUGGUAUAUGUCCUCAAUCAACUGUUACUUAUUUAACUUGUUUAGAUUUUCAGCCAUGAGACCCAAAUGCAGGCUGUAGAUACAUGUGUGCUUAGCUUUAAGGAUAAAUGUAAACUACUGCAUCUUAUAGUGCUUCUCAAAACUGAAUCCCAACCGAAUAUAUUUUUUAAUAGAGUUUGUCAUAAAAAGGGCACUGAAUAAAAAUACCGUAGAAUUCUGAAAAUAAGCCCCUCCAAAUAUAAGCCCGUAACGCAAAAAACCCCCGGUUAAAUCGCCCCUCCAAAUAUAAGCCCCCCAGUGCCUUGUACUUGGAAAUUGCCAUCAAAUACCAAGUAAAACAAAGCAAAAAUGGUAAAUUUUCUUCCAACUAUAAGGCUUGCCCAAUUGAUUUUGAAAUGCAAAUUUCCCUCCAUAGAUAAGCCCCUCCGAAUAUAAGACCCUCCUCAAAUAAGCUCCUCAAAAAGGGCCUUUGAAAAAUAUAAGCCCCGGGACUUAUUUUCGGAGUUUUACGGUAUUUCAGCUCAUGUUGUUGUAGCUAUAGUGUUCUAAAAGCAUUUGUAUGCAUUUAAAAUGGAUCAGAUUAAUAAUCUGUACAGUGACUUUGUGAGAUGCCAAGUUGUUCAAUUAACUCCCCAUUCAAUUUUCAAGCUCAAGACUGAUGUGUGAAAAAAAAUGAGCUAAUUAAAAGAAAACACAAGAAAGUGUUGGUUUAGAACUUAUUGCAUGGGAGCACUAAGAAACAAAAACAUUAAAUUGGAGCUCAAAACCAAUGGAAUAACUAACAAACUAAUGGUCCUGUUCCUCCAAACUAACUUCAUGAAGAACAGCUUCAGUUAUAGCAAAGCAGUUCUCUGGAACAGCCUGCCCUGUGAUAAUAUGAGAGUGGCUAGAAAUCUUUAAGUCAAUGUAAACAAUUGGCGCAUCUGAAUUUCCGAUUUUUUUAAGUACUGUGUACAAGGCAUUCAUGAAAAACAGGUCUUAGUUAGGGUAGUUGUAGAUAGUUUUGCAUGUUGUUUAGGGUAGUUAAGUUUAUUUAAAAUUUUUAUACUCCUGAUGAAUUUUAUCGUGUUUAAAUAAAGAAUUAUUCUAUUUGUUUCUAUUCUAUUCUAAAAAAUCUUUAUAAACUAACUGUUAUGUACUGAUAAAAUAUUCAACUUAUGCUGGCCAAAGUUUUUAAAAUCCAGUUUAAUUAAAAAUUAAUUAAAUUAAUAUUCAUGGUAAUUUAAUCUUGUAUCACUGCAGUUGUAUAAUUUUACUGUUAGUGUCGAAAGGUUCUCUAAUUUCUUACAUCAUGUCUGAAAUAACAGAUUGUUAAUAAAUUAUGUACAUUUUUAUUAGUUGAUGUGUCAAUUUCAUUCAAGUAGGUGAAAAAAAGUCUUUCCAAUUUUAAUUAAAAGAGAAGUUGAAAAUUUGAAUAAUUUAUUCUCUACCGGUAAUCUAGAGAAAAGAUUGGUAAUUAAAGAUUUCUUCAAUGUAUUCUUUUCAGAUAUAUAUUUUUUGUUGUUCAAUCUUUUGUAAGCAAUGCAAUCAUUUAAUCUUCUCAAAAUAUCAGGAGUUGUUUUUAUAUCUUAGUCUUAUUUUAUCUGUUUACAUUUCAAGUAGGACAAAAUCUACCAUCAGGUGCAUUUUAGUGAAGUAUUUCAGUCUGUUGGCUUUAGCAUUCUAGAGUUUUUCAUUUGGUAUGAUUUUUUUUUCAUUGUAGUUUAAGGAAAUACUUUUUGAAUUGGUGUCAGUUAUUUUGAACUUUAAACUUGUUGUUUUCAAUUUGUACUCUAAAAUCUGAUGCAGCCUUGAUCCAUAGCUGUUCUGCACAUGUAAAUAAAAGGUUUGAAUAUUUCUUACUCAAGGAAUCUUUCCAAGUGAUUUAGGAAACUACAUAUUGUUAUUAUAAUUUAAACAUAUUCAUUUUAUGCAAAUCUGCAUGGCUGAAGGUACUGAUAAAGAAGAAUUGAUUUUACAAUAAGGUAUCUCAGGUUUUUUUGUAGCCUUUUAUUUAUAAACAAGUGUGUUACUUAAGGCGAGUUUUGGGAAGCUGGAGAAAUUAUUUAGAUACUUGAAUGAUUAUGGAAAUUAUUAUGUCACAAAAUCUCCUUGCAAAAUUUAUACCGGGGAUUGAAAGGUGAUUUUAAAAAGCACAACAGCCGGUAUUCCAUUGAAGUUAAAAAAAAAUUGCUGGUAUUUUUUCAGCUGAGCCAUGGUGAGCCAUCUUGGGUCCCUGGAAGUGGAGUACAGUCACCUGUGAUGUCGGAAACAGACCUUACUUCCCUGGCUGGACAUCAAUAUGAUGAGUCUUCAAUAUCCAGCACCCCUGUGGAACAUAUGGAAGAGCUAUUACCACAUCAGGAAGCUGAAAGCCACUCAGGUGACUUCUCAGGGCAAAGCGAUGGAUUACCAUCACAUCCCAAUGGCCGAGGAGAUGAUGAACAGAGUGGUAAAUAUCAGCAAUCUUUAAACAAAUAGAACAAGCACUUGCCCAGUUUUAAACAGUGUUAUUAUAAUGAUGUUCUUUGUGGUUUGUAAAUAGACCUUGUUACGGUUUUUAACGCCAUCUUGACGAGUAGGCAAACGUGUGAGAAAUUACAGUGUUUGUAUGAGAAUCUAAUGUCCACAAAAAUAUGAAUUGUAAACUAAAGUUCACUGAAGCAUUCUACUCAAAAAAUUUGAGAGCGAAGAAGACCCCGAACCUCUUUAUUAAAUUUUCUGUACAUUUGUCUGUAAAAUUUUCCUGCAAAAAAUUGCAGAUACAUAAUUUUAUAUGGAAAAUCUAAAGCAAGCUUCUGGAGAAAUUUAAGCACCAUAACGGCCCCCAAAUUUUGUUAGUAAAAUCCUUUGCUGUGUAGCUUUAGUUUAUAAUUCACAUUUUUUCCAGAACAGCCAUUUUACGGAAAUUAUUCAACAUUCUCAUACAAACACUGUAAUUUCUCACAUGUUUGCUUACUCGUCAAGAUGGCGUCGAAAACCGAGACAAGGUGUAUUGGUCUCUGUGAGUCUAAUAUCACCUGUAUUGUAAGAAACCUUUCUUCCUGAAGUCACCUUUGUUCAUUAAAUUGAGCUGAACUAAUUUAAAUACUGUAAAAGAAGGAUCACCCACGAUUUCCUUUUGUAGAUAGUGAAACAGAGGAAGCCAAUCUACAACUUCAAUCCUUCUCUCCAGUGCCAAGCAGUCACAGUGAGAGAGUCAGCCCUGACGUUAGGUCAGUAAAAUAUUUUAUUUGCAAUUUAAACACUAAAUAACAACAUUGAAUCCAAACCAUAUUGUCUAGAGAACACAAUUCCACAUUUUAAUCAGACCAUUUUCUCAAAAUUAGUUGGGCACAGGUAAGACCUGUCUUGUAAGGCUGUGAGACUCUUGUUUUAAGACAGUAUCUGAGACUUCAAGAUCAAGAGAAGUUAACAUGCAAUAUUUAAGAUUUCAAGGUUGGAUCAAAAUUUUCUGAGGACCACCAUUAUCAUUAGGUCCCUUUGGCUACCCUUGAUAAUUUUAUUGGUUUUUAGCACAAAGCUGGCCAAUGCUUGGGAUUAAAGGGCGUUAAUUUUUGUGGCUGGUCAAGUUCCAGUUCGUUAGUUUUUUUUGCUCAAAUACUAAUAAUUUUGUCUAAAUUCCUUUCAUUAUGUAUUACAACUUUAAAUUUGAUGAAGACAUUUCUGUCCACAGGGUACCCAUCGAGGUAGGUGCAAGGGAUUACUCUGUUAUAAGUCCAUUGGUGAUUGAAGCCUUUGUACGGGAGAACUCUCCUCCAGUCCCAGAAGGUCCUUCAGGUGAAGAGAACACGAUUGAUGCACCAUCUCACACUCCGCAGUCCACUUCAGGAAGAGAUGGCGAUGCUGCUGAAGAAACAACGCAUUUACUUUCUUCUUCGGACAGGCACCCCACAGAGCAUAGCCAGUCAGCUACCAGAGCCAGUCCUCUUGGUUCUUCAGUGCUAGAUACAGGUACAUUUCCAGCCAAUGGCGAUACAGAUGUGUCACCAGGCAACCACAACGCUACCAUGUUUCCUCAAAGACACAGCCCAACAGGGUCUGUUCAGAGCAGUUCAUUGUUUUCAUCCGGUUUACCCUCUCCUGUAAUGUCUCCUAGAGGUCGUAGCCUGUCCGAUACAGGUGUAACAUUAGUUCCUCGAGGGAACCCUCCUGGGUCUUUGAACGGUCAAACACAGCUACCGCAAAGACCUCAGAGUCUAGUAGGCUUUGUUCCUACAACAACGGGUCUGUUAACUACCCUGGGGGGCCCUCCUGGUCCAGUCUCUGGUGCUGAGGAAUCUCCACCAACUCCACCCCACGUAUCUACUGUUCAUAGACAUAGUCCUACAGGUUCCAAUCACAGCAGUGUUGUUCAUCCGCACCGAGGAACAGGAACUGUGGAUUUAUCACAACGACAGCAACAGCAGCAGGGAAGCAGACUCUCGAGCGAAAGAAAUACUCCUGUGCUUUCGCCCCAUAAUGGAUCUGCUGCAGCAGGCCAGCAUGGCACACCUACUGUACACAGUCCAAGACAAGGAACCUCUGGUGGCCGGGGGAGCCCCACAGAGCUUCUCGUGGAGAUAACGCAUAGACGAGCUGCACCAACAGUGACUUCUCGUUAUGAGGCAACAGAACCUAUUCAUGCUGUCCUGCCUUCCGCAAGCCAACGAGAAAGGGAGCAGAGAACACCAGUUUUACGUAGACCAGACACAGGAAGCCCAACGGAGCUUUUUAUGGAGACAGCGUUUAGACAACAUACACCACCAGUGUCCUCCCGUGCCGAAACAAGGGAGUCCAUUCCUGCAAUCCAGCCUUCAACAGGACACAUAAAAAAUCAGCAUGAUACACCAAUAUCACACAGAUCAUCAGGCAGAGUAAGCCCAACAGAGCACCUUACAGAUACAGCUUACAGGAGAGGCUCGCCUGUGGUACGUGCUUCUCACGAGUCUGCUUCUCCUGUGGCCUCAUCGGCGAGCCCGCAUCUUCGUCAUCGUGACAGUGGCAAUAGCACACCUUCAGUGCCCAGUCCAAGACAAAGAGCACCCGGCCCUGAAAAUUCUUCAAGACAUACUGGUCCAGCCUCUGAGUUGCCAUCAUCGGAGUCGAGGGUAAACCAUCGUGAAAGUGACCAUCGCACAUCACUAAUGCAGGGGCAGGAAGCAUCACGAACAGGGACGCCAACACAGAGGUUACAGGGUUUUUCUCAUGCUUGCUCAAGUAGAUCAUCUUCGGUUCACAGCCGACCAGAUCAUUCCCCACCGCGCGUCUUUUCUCCUUCAUCUCUGCCUCGUGAAUCAGCUAUUCCAAGUCGUGAUAGUGCGUUUGCAGCUGUGACUGGAGAGCGUGCUGCGCAUGUGGGGAUCCUGCCUUCAGAAGUGGAAGAACUCAGACAGGAGAGAGAUAAUCUUGCCAGGGAGCUGAGACAGAGAUCCGCUCAUUAUGAAGCAGAGCUCAGGAGAGUCAAGUCUAGGAAUGAAGAUCUACAACAACAGCUGAUGAGUAUUGAGGUAACUUGAUUAUUUCCAAGACCUUUGUAACAAUUUUAGGUACGAAAAAGGAUUUGAGGUAUCUCAAUAGAGUUUGCUUUUGAAGUUUGUUCCCCAAAGUUAUCCCACAGUUUCCCCAAACAGUGUUGCAAUAAUUGAUGUGAGGGUGUAUAAGAACUUGGUUUAUAAGAUGUAAGGUCGCUUGGGGAUAAGGUGCUUUACUCGCUUGAUGGCUCCGAUUCCAGAAGAUACUUUCUUUAUUAUCUUCUCCAUAUCGCUAUCCCAAUCGAGAUUAUCAUCGACGGUCACUCCAAGAGAUUUAGCAGUAGCGACUUGGGUAACUCGAAAAUCAUUAGUCGCAAGUGUUGGGAAACUGUUACAAUACUUAGCCUCUAGCUAGAUCCAAUUAACAUGAACUCGGUUUUAGUCAUAUUUAGAGUGAGUUUGUUCGCUCUUACCCAACUGUGAACAUUUUGUAAGUAUUCGUUGAAACUUGUCUGAAUAUUGUGAAUAUUGUUGCUCGCGUAUGUAAGGUGGGUGUCAUCAGCGUACAUCCGAGGCUCGCAAUUUGACAGGCAGUUGGAAAGAUCGUUCACAUAUAAUAGAAAUAGCAAUGGACCUAAAAUAGUACCCUGAGGGACACCACAACGUACAGAGCAACUGCUAGAGAGGAGAGUCAGCUAAGUAUUGUCAUAGCCUUAGUAACAGCUGCUGUCUUCACUCUCCGUUUUUUCCUGACAAGAUUCGACCUGUUAAGUGUUAAAUUUGCUUUGCUAUACAGUGCAAAUGUAGUUUGUUGACUCAUAAAAUCGACCGACCUCACCUGACGUCGUUUUCAACGACUAAUCAAUGUGGGUCAAAUGUCUCGGCGAUAUAAACUGUACAUGAUGCAUCUUCACUCGCCCUUCUUGGACAUGGUCAUUUAUCAGUUAUUUUCUGUUGUUCAGACUGUAGCAACCUUAACCAAGCAUGAUGAAGACAAAACACAAGCGUUAGAAGAGAAAAUAGCUCGACUCAACGCAACUUUGCAGGGUAAGGAACAAGAAAUAAAUACCCUGCAGGAAACAGUAAGGGGACUGGAGAGAACCAAUCAGCAGUUGAAGGAAGAACAGGAAAGUUUGAAAACAGUGAAUGAGCUGAGACUUGAAGACAUAAACAGAGUCAAUUCAGACCUACAGCAACAGGUAUUCAAUAACGAAACAUUUCUGAAUUAUCUUUUUGGGGCUGCACACGUUUCGGAGUCUCUAUCCGAAUGUAUAUUAUAAUUAGGGUCAUCGGUAACUAGGCUGCGAUUAGAACAUCCAUUGGCUGUAGAUUUCCCUUAUGGCAGAUGCACCCGGAUAACUCAUUGGUGAGCCCCCACGCCAAAAGAGCAAGCUCUAAGGGCGCCGUGAAAAUUGAAACGUAGAAGCCAUAUAGAAAUUGGGUGCGGCUAGAAAUGCAAACCUUACCAAGCGUAACUGGUGCAACUGAUUGUCUUACGGGGUAGUUGUAUUUUUUGUGUGUCCGGAUUGUAAUUUCUUACAUAUUUGGGUUUUCAGUUGUCGGAUUUGCGACGCAGAUCGGUGGAAGCCAGAAAACGACAAGAAAGAGACGAGGAAAAAAUUCUCGAGCUUCAAGUGUUGCAAACUACACAAGAAAGGAGUGGUAAACGUCUUGAAUUGGAGAACACCAGCCUAAGUAGACAACUGAAACAAACCCAGCAAGAGUUGGAUACUCUCAAGGCAGUAACUAGUAUAAGUGGUUCUAGAGUUAGCAGAGCUAAAAGCGAAACAGAUUUGUCCAGGAAAUUCAACAAAUACUCUACGUAUGACAAAUCUAAAUACAGUGAUCUUGACCAUUCCACAAGAACUGUUAGUUUCGCUUCGACAUUAGACAGUGCACGCCUCGGAACAACUCGGCAUAGUUCGUUAGAUUCGAAUUACAGUCGAUCCCGAGACUCAGGUGUGUCACCGCUGAUAGUGAAUGGUCACAGCCCAAGUAGACCUGAAAGUAAAAGAGCGGCUGCAUCACCUUAUUCUUCCGUCCAGGACAGAGUCCUGCGUGAGUCGUACAGUCGCAAGGUAAGGGUUCCGAGGCACCGUGUGGGUUCUUUAGGAGAAGACAGUGAUGUUUCUGAUGAUUUGGAUCUGCAUGCAACAGCAUCACUGUUAAGACAUCAAACACGGAGUCCGGAGUCUUCAUCCUCAUCACUCAUAUUGUUUGACCAAGACCCUUCGCUACAUCAACCGCGGGAUACGGAGACUGGGAGGAGAAGGAGGCCACAUUCAUAUCAUGGAGGUAAUUAGAAGGUCUUUAUUCAUAUUUACCGAGCUCAAUAUUUACCUUUAUCAUGAUUCAUGUUAUUACCACACACCGGGAUGCACUCGACGUUGGUUAUCCCAGCCGUAUGCAGCAUGUGUCGGUCGAGAUUUUUCUCCAUCUUGCGUUUGUCGCAUUGUAAGCUCGUAAGAAAAACAGAUUUUCUAUCGUUUCUUUUCUGACACGACAGGAUCUCUUGAAGACCAGUACAAUACCAAGGACGAUUACUCCAAAUCAUCCCAAUAUCAGUCGCUGCGUGACAUCCGACGGCAUGCUACCUCUUCGGCAAGUUAUUCUUCAAACUCUUCGCUUCUAACAACCAGUACCCACCAACCCAAAGUCUUCACCAAGCCCUUUGCACCGACUUCUAGCCACGACAUCCAGUUGGGCAUGGACGUAUUGGUGACUAGGUCACGAGGUCAGAUCGGACGCGGAAAAGUGAAGUAUGUUGGACCAUUACCAGGCCGCCGCGAUACCUAUAUAGGAAUUGAACUGGGACCUGGUCAAGGUAAAAGGACAUGUACAGUUGUGGCAACCAAAUUUACUUCUUAAAAAAAAAAACCUUUCCAAGGGCGGCUUUCUGUUCGUUAGUGUAUUGUGAUAAAUUUAAAGCCGACGGUAGUUAAUUCUUAAUUCAAAAGAACCUUUUUUUAAAUGUCUUUUUUUUUUAUCUGAUUGCAGUGAUUAAUUGACUUCAUCAACUGGCUGUGCAGUACAGUCUUUAAGUCCCCCCCACCUCCCCCCGUUUUUAUUAAGAGUUAUGAAGUCUCUGAUUCCUUUAGUGUUAGUAUAAUGUAUGAAUCAAGAUGAGAAAAAGCCCCUACAACUCUUUCCUCUACUAUAGUGGCACAAGGAUAUCCUUUAUUAUUUCGGGCGACCAGAGGAGGCCGUAAUCCUCGUGUACAGGUUUCUGUUAAACUUGUGCGGCACAUAUGAAGCUAGCAAUCGUUUGGCCUUUCACUAAGAAUGAAUGGAAUGCAUGCAGCGUAAUCUGAUGACCGCGCGUUUGAGCCUUCUAUCACGUGAAAUUUACCCAAAGAACAGCCCUGGAGCAAGAGUGUUUGCGUCAGUCUCUCCCGCUCUCCAUAACCAUUAGUUAUUACUGGAUUUUACAUGAUAACAGUUGUUUCUCCAAUUCUUUUUUCAGCGGGUAAACACGACGGAUCCUUAGAUGGACAGAGAUUGUUUACUUGGUAAGUAAACUUCACAUUCAAGCAGACAUUAUUUAUUGUGUUAUCUUAUGGGAUUUUGACCCGCUGUUUGACUAUGGAGAUAAAACACUGUUUUAAACAGACCACUUUAAAGUUGAGCUGUAAGCACUCUGUGUGGCCUUUUAGAUGAAUUUGGAGGCUGGAGUUAAGUUUGUUUAAUGCACCUAUCAAUGGAAAUCCCGUGGGGGGGAGGGGAGUGUGUGCAAGGGGAGAGGAUUUGAUGCCUGGGACUAUCCCCGCUGUCGGGCUUUUGAUCGUGCGAAGCGACCCCGGGGUCGGGACAUUUGACUUUGACCGACAGAAGCCUGGUAUCAAUUCAGAAGCAGUUACCAAGUCCGUCCCUCGAGGCUUCCUGAAAGUCACGCUGUUGGAGAAAGGUAUAUGUAUUUAUCAUGGGUUAUGUAACCUUUUCUUUAGGGUGUUACAUGGUAUGCUGUUCUGUUGCUUCAUUAGCGGUAGGCUAUAUAUAUUUGAGUUGUUCUCAUUUAUAUUCAUUCGCGUCCUACGACCGUCCCUACGCCCUCAAAAUUAAAUACCCAGUGAUCAGGGGUUUCUCUUAGACGUAGUUUUUUGCAUGCUGCUAUAUGAAAGGUUUAGCACGUUUUGUAUGUUUACUGAAUGAUUGUUAUACUAGCAUAGUUUAGAUCAUUUUGUUGGGUUGUUUUUCUUGCUGUAAUUUUUUACAUUUCCGAGUUUUCAUUCUGUUUGUUGUAUUAUUUCCAUCCAUACUGUUGAUGAAGGCAUAAUAAAGAGGGUCGCACACGGCUCGUGUUGACACACGCCAAUUGAGGUUGCUUGUUACAUGAUAAAUGUUUUAUAUUCGUUUGAGCGGGGUAGCGAAUUAGAAUAUAAGAAGUUUUCAUUUGUUUUAAUCGCCAUAAUCCGAUACUUUACACUGUCAUCUAAACAGAUAAUGUCUAUUUUGAGAAAGUUUUUAUGUCCAAGUUCCCAUCUGAUUGUAAAACUCGAUUGGAAUCGAAUUCCAGCAUGAAAGUCAGAGAAUUUUUUAUGGGUCACUGAUCCGACCUGUUCCCACAUGUUGAGCAGCUGUUAUAAAGCAUUUUACGUUUUAUUAAUAUUAUAUAGCACGGUCAAUCUUCCGGGAGUGAUUUUGUUGUUCAAGAUAAGAGAUGCUAGUGGAGAGAGAAAAUACUUAAUUACAGCGAGUAAUUUAAUUGAGCUUCCGUUAACCGUAAAUAAAAGUAGUAACAACGUGUUUGAAAUGUUCUUUUAUUCGUUUUACAUAGUAUUAUAGCAUUGUUUGUUUAGAUUUUUUCCCCUGGGGUGGGGGCUUUUUUUACACUUUUGAUUGACCUUUCGUUUCCCACCCUGGGGAAUUUGAUCGAAAAAUUUUAAAAUUUGUCAAAUCCCCACCCCUUGCCCGCUCCCCACGGGGUUUCCAUUGAUAGGUGCAUAACCUUCGACCUGCUUGUCUUGUAGUAGUAAUGUUUAGGAAAUAUGCAUUACCUAAGAAAACUUGGAUUUACUUUUUUUGAAAAAGUACUGUGCCAAAACUGAGUGUUAACUGGUGCUACUGUAAACUGGUAGGUUUCAAGUGAUAUGUGUCUUUAUUAUUAAUAGUCUAUUUUUCUUCUUAAUUAGUAAACCGAACCAAGGGAUCUUCGUCUCGUUCAACAAAGUGGUCAUGUGUUAUGGUUAAAACUCAUCGUUGUCAGUUCGUAAUAUAUUUUAUGGUAUGUAGGUAAAAGAGUAAAAGAUAUAUGGCUGUCAAAUGUUUGUGGUCAAGCUGACUGCAGCGUGUACAACACGUGAUGUAGACUUGAUGAAGACAUUCUUAUGUGUAGCCUGCGUUGCAGUCGGCCCACUCCCCACUCCUCUAAAUCAUUUGUAUAGUCCGUGACGCUCUAUACAGAAGGUUUAGAGCGUCUGCGACGCAGGCAAUCUUAUGUGUUGUCAUAGUACUGAUUUGCUUUAGACUGUCAGUGAGCAGUGUUUGGAUUACUUUUUACAGUGAAACCUGUAUUAAGCGGACACCGUAUUAAGCGGACACCCUCUGUUAAGCGGACAGUAGCCGAAGUCCCAAAAGUAAUUUCCCUUAUUUACUUUAAAUGAAACCUUUAUUAAGCGGACACCUCUAUUAAGCGGAUGCGGACACCUAAAAAGUACCUGAAAUGGUCAUUUUUAUUGUUGCCAACCUGUAUUAAACGGACACUUGUAAUUAAAUUCCACCACCCAACAUGCGGCCAGACACAGGAAAUGCGAAAGAUUGCCUCAAAUUGCAACCUACAAAUUUUUCGAUUUUUACAUUAAAAAACGACUUGACGAACGUAUUUGAUUAGUUUCAUAGUACAGUAUUGUUUUCUAUUUCGUUUUCUUUGUAUAAAGCUUGUUUCACUCAUCUGUUUUGUUCAAAUUUGAGUUGAAAUCUAUGUUUAUGGUACUAUGAUCAAUUGGUUCACUUUGAUAAAGAAAUUAAUGCAAAAGUAAAUCGUCAUAGUCUCUGGGAGUAUUCUAAAUGUUUCUACUGGCAUUUGACACCUCAUAUGAAGUUAUCUAUCGAAACCUGUAUUAGGCGGACACCCUGUAUUAAGCGGACACUACAGCAUUCCCCGAGGGUGUCCGCUUAAUACAGGUUUCACUGUAUUUUAAAUCAAGAGUAAAAUAUAUCGAGUGUUACGCUAUCUUCUUUGGCUUGUAAGUUACAAUGGUUUUAACUGCUUGGUUUACAGUAAACUUUCUGUCUCCUGACGGACAGCAGAUAGCCAUCCCCGCCGUCACUCAGUAAGUAGUGUUCGACUCGAGGGCGGACUCCCAUAAAUGCACAGGGUUCUUACAGAGUCUUAAAAAAGUCUUGACAUUUGCCCAGCAAUUUUCCAGACCUGAAAAACAGUCUGGAAAAUAGAGAUUAAGUCUUUUAAAAUGGUAAAAAGUCUUGAUCUUUUUUUUUUUUGGAAAGCUACAACAAGUGCUUUAUAUGUGAAUCGUUUUCGUUUGGGUUAAAUCUUUUUCAAUCUUGCCCGCACGUUUGCAGCGCAUCAUGUUUUAAGGUCUCUAUUGAUCACCUAUUAAUUUUGAUAACCUUGAGUCUGGAAAAAGAAAUUAUUGUUUUGGAAAAAGUAUGGAAAAAGUCUUGAAUUUUGGAUCCAAAAAUCCGUACGAACCCUGAAUGCAGUUCUAAUGAUCCUGUCUUUCUAAGAGAGUGGACUGUAUUCUAUUUGAAAUUAACCCUCCCAUGACACGAACAGAGCUCUCUAGAGAUUAAGCGGUUUUUCAUUUCUGUUGUUUGCAGUUAACAUGGUGCUUAAUCUGCCUAGUGUUUACUUUUUUAUGAAAAAAUUCUUCCGGCGUGUGUGGCAGUGAAAACCUCUCUAAAGAAAGUCAACUCUGUAGGCUUUCUAUGCAGAUCUACUUAGUAUUAUUAACUUGUUACUAUUAUAUUUAUUAGCGUUCAAGUGAAACGUCUUUUACUGGUUUUAUCUCUGAACGAAAAUCAUCUUAGGCGAAGAAAGCUAGUCAGGUUGUUAAUCGUAUAUAUCUUUAGAGUAUUUAUAUUUUAUCUUUAUCUUGUAUAUAUUUUGCAAACAUGCGUGUUGUCCAAGAUAGUAGUUCUACAUCGCUUUACCAAUACUAAUUUAAUUUAUUUGGAGGAAAAAAGCAACUGACAGUUUGCCGUGACUGAAAGAGUAACUGGAUAAGAUCUGUUGGAAAAAUUAAGGCAGGACUAGUAUGGACAUUGUUGUCUUAUAUCGUUCUAGCAUAUGUGCAAUUAGUAAAAUCCAACUAGUGGUCUAUUAUCAAUGCUGCGUUCUGACUGGUUGAGCUACUACUAGGCUAUAUGUUAUACCCCACUAGUAGCGAAAAACGCCGGCUUUUUGGCGGCAAAAAAGGAUUAAAGUCUAGCUUUAAGUAGCUAAAUUUUUUUCUAUUCUCGAUAUUUUUGACCAACUAGUUGGAUUUUACUAAAACAAUUAUUCCUCUCGCCCUUAUGGCCUCUGAGUCAAUAGCCCAGGAGGCCGAAGGCCAUUCGGUCUCGAGGAAUAAUUGUUAAAUAUUCUUCCUUCAAUGAUACUGAUGAGAAUGUGCUUCAGUUGUGAUUCGUGGUGUGAAAACGUGUGCAAUUAUAUGUAUCGUUGGGGAAAAAGUUUGAAAAAAUAUCUUGUUAAAUCAUUGAAAAAUGUAUUUCUAAGUGAUUUGUACGAUUUAAUCAAUGAUUUUUAAUAAACAUACUGUUACCAUCUAAGCCCAGUCUUUACAUUUUUUCUUUUUUCAUUAAUAAUUUUCUAAGGGUAGCGAGAGCACAUUAGGGGAACAUAGGGCGCAAACUGUUAUUCAACGCACAUGUCUGCGAGACGUCGCUUUUUAAUACCCGCACCUAUCCCCCAUGGGCCUCCUCAGCUAGGCAGAAAAAGAACGAAGAAAAAUGUGACUCCAUAUUCAGUUGUCGUGCAUUUCUUAAAGCGCAUAUUUCUAAGGCUGGAUACCUUGUUUCGCAAAGCUUCUCAGGCUCUUGACUGUUGAAGUAAAAGUGGAAGAAAUAAUUUGAGAUUGAGAUCUAGAUCAAGCCGGAUCUAUUUUCGUCUCGUUUGGUAAACAAAAUGUAGCGCAACCACAUAAGAGAGAAUUUAAAAUCCGCCAAAAAUCGGGUCUGAUCCCAGGUUAGGGAAAAAUGUGUGCUAUCUUACAAUACUAUUAAAUUCUACGACUAAACGUCGACAAAAAUUCCGAAAAUCUAUCAGUGAUCUGAAGCUUCUCAUCUAUCAUAUGUUUGGUCAGUAGGUUCCUUAUCAAAAGUUAUACAUGUAUACACCAUAAAACCUAUACUGUCAGGGCUUUUAUUUCUGGUAUUUUAAUAGCCUGCGUAGCACGCCGUUUUUCUAGUGUGUUUUUCAUUUCCUUUGUGGUUCGCUACAAAGCCGCACUCCAAACGAGGCGAGGCGGAAGGGAGGAGGGAGGGAGGUAGCCUGCGUUGCAGACACUCUAAACCAUCUCAGGAUACAAAUGGUUGAGACGAUGCAUGGGCCGCCUGCAACCCAGGCAAGCGGAAGGGGGAGCGCAAGAAAAAAGGAAGAUUGUUCUCUCUGCCCUCUUCUCUCUCGCCCCCUGAAAAUGGACACCCGCCCGCCCCUCAACCCAAAUUUAAAAAAAAGGAAAAUAAGCGCUUGCUUUGCUUAUUUUCAAAUCGGGUGUAGGUUGCCGGCAUAACACGCGCUAUUUUUUCGCGCGUUUUUCAGCGCGAAGCGAGCGAGGAGAACUGGACACGCGCGAGACACACGCGACGUGACCAAGAAACGACGGGCUCUGGGGACGAGAAUGGUAUUGGUCGCGAAAACCAGUGCCAAUAGUCAGCGGAUUGCCUCGCAGCAGACAUGGAUAAGUUAUGUAAUACAAAACAAACAUGGCCGCCGUUCGUAUGACAUUGUCUCGAGCACAAAUACCGGUUCUAGUCUUAGCCGAUUACGUCGGGUUUAAACAAAUUACUCGUUUUCUAUGUACAACAGCAUCCAGUGUAAAGGUGAAGGACUAUUAUCUUCUGUUAGGUUUGGACUGGAGCGCCACAGUCGUGGAUGUUCGCGAGGCCUACUUACGGCUAGCAAAGCAGUAUCACCCGGAUUGUGGGAAGACAACAGCUGAUGCUGUGAAAUUUGCUCGAAUAGAACAGGCCUACAGGGUGGUCAUAGAACAUGUUACCACUUCAGUAGAGAAAGGUCCAGACGUUACCGAUCAAGAUUUCGACAAAGAGAUAGUAUUUGAUAUCCACCAUACCGCUCCACAACAUAGGUAAGUAACGGGUACGCAGAACGGUAGGGUGGAGAAAAUCCAGCAUAGUUAACCUUUUAAGUACGCAUUUCAGCUCACUUAAAUUGCAGAAAAACUUCUUCCAGUGGGCAUCGAUUUUAAAAUAUUUUAAGCCCCUUCCAAUUAAAAAUAUAUCGGAUGUAAACGUUCGACCAAAGAACUUUUCCUGAUUUUUCUCAUUCUACAGGGUAGGGGAGGGGUAACUGGGUAGUUCUGCUCUAUGAAGGCAUUCUGAUAUAACAGGCAGUUACCAAUAUUGCAUCACAGUCCAAAGGACGUUUUUUCUUCAUUAUUGUACAUCAUGACCCCCACUGAUUCUUGUAUCAUCAGACAAAUCUCCUUGAAAACCAUACCCUUCCCAUCUCCUCCUCAGGCGCAGAGGUGAGUGCAAAAUGCGAGAGACAUGCGAUUAAUGUUUUAAACCCAUAUAGGGACACAGCCCUCUCCCAGGUAGCCUACAUAGCAGGUGCUAGGAAAUAAUAAGACAUGACCGGGCACACUGGAGGGAGACAUGUGUGCCCAUUCUUUCUUGCGCCCAUUAUUUCCUAGCGCUUGCUCUACAGGCUAAAAAUGUGUAAGAGCAAAUAACAUUUUCCUCUAUUAUCAAAUAGCAUUUUCCUUUAUUAAAUUAUGUCCAAUCUCUCUUGGGCUAUAUCAGACUAGAGUUAGAGUGUCUGAAGAAAUUUCAUUCCUACAUAUACUAUUGUCUCCAUACCAACCUAACAUUGCACUGUUAAGAGUCUAAAUCCCAGUAUAUAGCAGACUCACUAUUUUUCUUAUGCUUUUUCUAUCCUUGGUAUUCAAAGGGUAUAUCCCUAUAUAUACUCCCUAUAUAUUUUGACAUAAUUUUGAUAGGUCACUUGACCCUGAGCUGCAGAGGGCCUUUUUAUAAGUGGUCUAUUAAUGCUUUUUGUAUCUUUUGCCACAACUAGGCAAUACCUAGAAUAUGAAGGCAUUGGGAUUGGUUCACCAUCAAAGAGACAGAAACAGUACCAAUAUUACAGAGUCCAAAGAGCUUCAGACAAAGUCAUAGAUCACAAGACACAACAGUUUGGAGAACAGGAAACCUCAAUAGCUGAACCUGAAAAGAGAGCUAUAAAAAGAUCUAAGUACUCUAAGGUAAUUGACAGACUUGUAGAAGAUCUCAUACAAGAAGCCAUGUCUAAAGGAGAAUUUAAAAAUUUAGCAGGAAGUGGAAAGCCACUGAAACUUGAACAGGAGUACUAUGUUGGUAAGUACUAAAUCUGUACCCUCCGACUACUGAGGUAUAAUUUUUUUAAUUUAAAUCGUACCGCUACAAUGUUGACUUAUCAAUAACCAUGCAGAUUUUAAUUAGUUGUUUUGCAAAUAUAUUUAUCUCUCUUAGCAUAUUGUGGUUUUUACAUGUCAUUUGCCCAAGAAUUCUUUAGAUUAAUUUGCAGUCAGUAACAGUAUUGAUGUUGUUUAGUUUUGUGUCAUGAACUAAAUACUAAUUUCAUAAGCCGGUUGAGUAUGAAAAUAAUAAUUUCUAUUGCUUAUUUUUCUCAAUGUAGAUUCAACCACGCGGAGGCUUAAUAAAGUACUCAUAGACUCAGGAUUUGCACCAGAAUGGAUUUCGUUGGAGAAAGAAAUUCGACAGGACAUUGAACUUUUCAGAGAAGGACUGUUGUUUAGAAGAAUGAAACUGGGACCCAGUCCAUUAGCACUUCAAGCCACUGUCCAAUGGAAUCACGACGUAAAGGAGUUUCAACAGAAAAUGCGUUUGAUCAACAAGAAAAUCGAUAAAUUUAAUAUGAUUGUACCCAUUCUCAAUAAGCAAAAAGUUCAUUUCAACUUUGAAAAAGAAGUGAAUAAAACUGUAGAGAGUUUUGGGUAUGGAUCAUCCGCUGAGGAAAGUGAAGUGGAACUUGACUCUUCCGCAACGGAAAACAACAAAGCGCGCAGUAGUGCUACUGUAACAUUUAUUAAAAAAGUGAUGGAAAUACUCAUCGAAACGUUUUCAAAAGUUCCUGUGCAUAAAAGUAGAACAUAAG